AUGGCCUCGGUCGCCAGCAGAGCAACGCGCGCCUCGGGGCUCACCAAGUCCCUCCUCCCCUUCCGCCAACCCUCUUCCUCCCGCAGUUUAUCCACCCGCGCCACAACCUACACCCUAAACACCGGCGCCAAAAUCCCCGCCCUCGGCUUCGGCACAUUCCAAGACCCCGACUCGCAAGAAGGAACCGUCAGCCGCGCACUCCAGCGCGGGAUGCGCCUAAUCGACACUGCGCGCGUGUACAACGUCGAAGAGCAGGUCGGGCGCGGGAUCAAGAAGAGCGGCGUGCCCCGUGAGCAGAUUUUCCUGGGGACGAAGCUCUGGUGUAAUGAUUAUCACCCGGAGGACGUGGAUCGGGCGCUGGAUGAUUCGUUGAGGGAUCUGGAUACCCCGUAUGUGGAUUUGUUGCUUAUGCAUUAUCCGUGUACGUUUAAGCGCGGGCCGGAGAGGUUCCCGCGUGAUAAGGAGGGGAGGAUGAUCAAGGGGGAGACGGGGUUUCUUGAUACGUGGAGGGCGAUGGAGAAGUUGGCGGAGACGGGCAAGGUCAAGGCGAUUGGGGUUUCGAACUUUAGCAAGGGCGAGAUUGAGGUGUUGCUCAAUGAGUCUUCUACGGUCCCCGCCGUCCACCAAAUGGAAGUCCACCCCUACCUCCAACAAAAAGCCUUCAACGCCUGGCUCAAGAGCAAAGGAAUCCACGUCGUGCAGUUCAGCCCGCUCGGCAACAUGAACGACUUCUACCGGCAAACGGGGUGGUCCAAGGAAAUUGCGCACAUGACGCGGGUGAUUGACCAGCCGCUGCUCAAGGAGAUUGCCGAAAAGUACGGCAAGAGUCCCGCGCAGGUUGUGCUUGCGUGGGGGAUCAACAGCGGGCGCUCAGUGAUUCCCAAGAGCGUUGUUGACUGGCAGAUUGAUCAGAACUUGGAGGCGGACUUUGAACUUGCGGCUGAGGAUAUGAAGAGGAUUGCGACGCUGGAUGCAAAGGCAAGAUUCAAUGAUCCGAGCUUGGAUUAUGAGUGGCGGCUGUAUAGUGAUCUCGAGGGGAUUGAUGGGACUGUUAGGGGUCGGACUCAUUAG